CCUGUCUACCACUCCGUCAGUGAAUAUACCGCGCUAGUUUGUAAAUUUCUUCCCUCGGUGAUAUUUCAUUUUUGGCAAAUCUUCAUUCAUGACAAAAACGAUACGAUACCAGUCUGCUAAAUUCAUAACUGCAAAAACCUCAGUUGUUUUUCGACAUGCUAUUAUAUUACAUUAUGUAAAGUCUUUAACAGGUAUUUUUGGCGAGAAAAGUUUUAAUUAAAAGUGCGAAUGAUGAGAUUUGUCAUAGCAUAAACAAGUAAGAUUACGUUAACGAGAAAUUAGUAAGGUACAUAGUAGAAAAUGUUAAAGUCUGGAUUAUCGCGCAGUGGAUUAGCAAGGGCUCAAAAUCGGCGGAUUACCACAACAUGGUGUUAUAAGUGUACGGGUUGAAUAGUGCGACAGUGUGAAAUUACUCGAGUGGGUUUUGGCUAUACGUAAUAAUUUUUGUGGUAAACAAUAAAAAAUACAAUAGAUAAUAAGUGUCAUACAUUCAAUAAACCAGCACGUGUAUAGAAAUGAUACGUCAGGGGGAAAAUAUGGACAUAUUUUGAUAAAAAAAAUAAAAAUGAGCGAGGGAACUUGAGAUUUAUGUGCAAUAAGUUUGAUAUAAAAGUUUUCCCCUGGUAUACAGUGGAUUUAAUUCAAGUGCAUUUUCAGUUCAGCGCGGAAAAGGAAACAUUACGUGUAAUUAAUAAAAAAAAUAUAUAUAUAAUUUUUACUUAAUAAAAAGAAGAUGAUUUGAUAAUUUGUUUAUAUAUUUAUAUAUCGAUCAAGAUAACGAUAAAGGAUAAAUUAAAAGUGAUUAUUUAAAUGAAAAUAAACAGGUUAUGUUUGAUUAAGAAAUUCCAUUAAAGAUGUGAUGAUUGAAAUUAUACAUGAUGAUUCUGUGUGUUAUAUUCAUGGAUAUAUGAUGUCCUGAUGACGACUAUAAAAUAAAAUCUUUAAUCAAGAUGACUUCACAUGUAUAAACCGCCUGUGAUAAAAUGAUCUCUCGACUCUGGAUAUGCCUUUUAGUUAUUCCGUAUAUGGUUAUGUCGGCGUCGGCGAAUUCAAUGUCGGUGUCCCAGAUUCAGGAAACAGGAAAGGUUUUAUUUCGGGCGUUACGUGACAGCGAGUGUAAGGUCAAGUGUAAAAGUCGGAAACCAAGAAUAAUGUGCGGAUCUGACGGGGUAUCAUAUCUCUCAAAAUGUGAAGUGAAACGAGCAAGAAGGUGCGAAGGCAAAAAUGUCAAAAUUAAACGGAAAGGAAAAUGUGACGACGCAGAUGUGCCUAUGACAAAAUGUUUUCAAGAGAGGGGAGAAGCCCAGAACUCCGUUGUUAAAGGUGACGCUACAAAUGUCUUUAUCCCAGAAUGCAAUUCGGACGGAACAUACGCUGAUGUUCAGUGUCACAGCGCUUCCGGUUUCUGCUGGUGUGUGGAAUCCGACGGAAAACCAUUCCCAAGAACUUCUACCAAAGACGGUAGACCAAAUUGUAAAUCACCAGGAAAGAAAAUUGAUAAACAUACAAAAGGAAAUCCACGGCCUAGACCGCCCGAAAGAACAAGAGAAAGGAAAAAUAAAAAAUCUAAAAGAUGUUCUAGUCAAGAAAGAUCCAGAUUUAAUUCCAAUUUAGUUAGAGUAUUUACAGAAGAAUAUAAUAGAUCUGUGAAGGUGUAUCCAAAUACUAGAACAAAAGAAUUAGAUCCGCUAAUGGAACCUUUAGAAAAAAAGGUGGUAGAAUGGAAAUUUUCACACUAUGACAAUAAUAAUGAUGAUCUUCUACAACGAAAAGAAGUUAGCGCAUUGAGACGUUUAGUUAAAAAGUUUAUAAAACCAAGAAGUUGUGCAAAAAGAUUUUUAAAAUUCUGUGAUCAAGAUAAAGAUACGCUGAUCCGGAGACAAGAGUGGUCACUCUGCCUUGGCGUGGAUAUAAAUAUUUCUUUUCGCUUGUUUGUCUCUCUCAACUCAGACGACCAAAAGGACAAGACUACGCAUGCGCCGGAAGUGAAAACAACAGGUGAAAGUUUACACAUACAUAAGAUUCCAUUUAAGAAAUCACCGUCAUCAUCAUCUUCAUCAUCAAAUAACGGCCAGAUCGAGAGACCGACAAAACCCUCGUUCCCUAUCGACGUUGAUGAAACAUGGAAUGACUUCCGUGAUAUAACACCUAUCAACGAAGUCAGUCAAGAGAAACAACCGAAUGACUGUCGGACAGAUAGACAAUCUGCUCUUGAACAAGAGAGGGACAAUCCGAAAGCUGGCAUCUUUGUUCCUAAGUGUACACCGGAUGGGAAGUGGACGCGUGCGCAAUGCCACGAGGCUACAAAAUACUGUUGGUGUGUUGAAGAGAACUCCGGCAGGCCAAUCAGUGGGACGUCCACCCACGGAGUGGAUCCAAAAUGCGACUUUGAGGAAGAACGAGAUAUACCAGGAUCUGUCUCCAUAGGAUGUUCCUACGCAGAAAAACAGAGUUUCCUCGCAGAUCUCCUAAGCACAUUGACACAAGAGAUGGCGGAAUAUGCCCUUAACAACAGAACUGACCAUAGUGCCCUUGUAACAGACCCGAAUCAGACGAUACAUGAGCGAGCAGUACAUUGGAAGUUUAAAGUUCUGGACAUCAACAAUAACCAGGACUUAGAGAACUCGGAGUUAGAGAGUUUCCGGGAAACACUGAAGAGUGCACAAAAGAAGGCAACAAGAAAAUGUGCUCGAAAAUUCGUGCGAUUCUGUGACGAGGACGGGAAUAAAAAGGUGUCGAGGCAGGAGUGGGUCGACUGUAUGGGUAUAACUAGAAAUAUAAAUAUUAAACUACCAUCUCAUCCAAAACGGAUUGGUCAGAAUCCAUUUGACCAGUACUUACGGGACACUUAGUGUUAACUAUAGUUAAUACAGUCAUACUAUACAAUGCAGGAUAAAAGUUUUAUCCUAAAUAAUUAUUUUUGGAAGCUGCUGUAAUUUAUUACACAGUGAACGCCUUGUGUUUUAAAUAUUGAAAAGCUUUGGUAUUUUGCCAAAGCUCAGUUAAUGCUUUUAAGCUAAACUUUCAAUGAAAUCUUCAAAAUUUAUGAAGGAUAAGAUAAUAACAUUUGCAUUGUGGCAAAAAUAGUUCUUUCAAAUUUUCUUCACUGAUAGGGAUACAGUUGUGGUAAGGCAAACGUUUCUGCUAAAGCUUUUAGCUUAUUGUGGAGCACAUUUGCUUUGACUGUGCACUAUGCAUGUUUUUUGUGAAUAAACUUGAAUUUUAAAACAUGCAAACAACUGACAAAGCAUGGUGUAUUUCCUGUUGAUAAAUUCAUCCUGGAAAAGUUUUCACUUGUGUAUAUAGUGAAUAGAAUUAUUCUCACAAAAACAGGUGGUGUACCUGAUGCAGAUGACUUUAUCCUGACAAAGUUCAGUGUACUUUUAUAAAGUGUAAUUCUGAAAAAAACAAAAACAGGUUGUGUAUAAAGCCGGGAUAAUUAUAUUCUGACAAAGCAGCAUACAUAUUUACUGAAGAUAAAUUUAUCCUGACAAAGUCUGCAAAGUGUUGCACAGUGUAUACAGUUACUUUGUCAAAGCAGUCUGUGUGUUUAUGUUGGCUAAUGAGAAAUUACAUAGGAUAAAACUUAUGCUGACAAAGACAGAUGCCUGUUUAGCCUGACAAGAUGUGUUUAUCACUGAUAAUCUGCUUCUGACAAUG